AUGGCGACCAUUUCGCGCCCCCGGCAAUACGCCGAACCCGACAUUCACAACGACCUCUGCCAGAAGGAAAACGCCAACAGCAUCCCUUACGGCGUCGCAAGCUCGGCUUUGGGCGAACUCCCGUUGAACAGCAUCCACAACGUUGGUGAUCGCAAAACCAGCGUCGAGUCUCUGGCGCAUCGGUUGGAUGGUUUCCACCUCAACAACCCUGACAAGGAGAACGCGCUGCGUCCGUCCACGGGAACUGGUUUCCAGGUUCUUGCCGACACGCUAAACACGAAAGAGUCCACCCAGAAGGCUUGCUCUGCCGCCACUAACACCAUCACACCGCGCAGCGGUUCUCAUGGCGAUGCGGAGCUGUCCCAGGGCGAAAAGAUGGUGCACUUUGGAUGCAACCUGGUUGAACGUAGAUCGGCAUCGGAUACCGGCGCAAUGGGAGACGGCAAACCUACUAACAUGUAUACUUUAUUAGCCACCCGUGUCAAGGCCGAAGAGGAGUUCAUGAUGGAUGUGGCACCCGUGUUUGCGGAGAUGGAGCUCGCCGUUGCGGCCGAGCGGCUGCGGCUCAGUGAAGCAGCUUCCAUGACGGAACGCCAAUAUGGCACCCUGGACGUCCCUAAGAGCCCGGGGCUGAUGGUGGAGAUCAACGACCUCGGUUCCGAUAUUGGUGAGGAACGAUCCCGGCCAGUGUCGCGCAUCGAAGACUCCGUCGAGGCCCUCGACAGAUUAGAGGAGGAGAUUGAAGCUUUGAGCCAGAUCGCUCACCUCGGCAAGGUGCUCUCUCCUGAGGCUGGCUCACGGAAGCUCGACGUCGCUAGCCCGAGCACGACGCCACUGAAGCGGGCGACUUCUGUCCGAACCCCGCACUCAGCUCGCAGCGGCAGCCGGCCCCUCGAGCGUAGCGCCUCCGUGCGCCAGUCUUCGUCCGUUAGGGAGGGCGAGAAGACGUCUACCUCAGCGCGGAAGGUUGCGCGGCCCGCCAGCCUUCUCCCGCCGAAGCCGCUCGCCAAGUCCGACAAGGCUCCGACAAUGUCAACAUUCCAACUUCCGGGUGAGGCUGUGGCUCGCCGACUGAAGGAACAACGUGAGCAGCGCCGGUCGCAGCAUAUAUCCGAGGAGGAGGCGGCCGCCAUCGCGGCGGCCUACUCGCCAGCCAAGCCGCACUUCAAGUCUACCAAAGCACCCACUCGCCCGACGUUUGAGCUUCCCGGUGAAGCAAUUUCGCGCCGCAAGCGCGAGGAACACCAGGCCAAGCUCCGCGCCCAGGAGGAGGAGGAGCGCAAGCGCCGCGAGUUCAAAGCCCGCCCCAUCCGCUCUAGUGUUACGCCCGGCACAUUCCCCCGCGAGACCCUUGCCAGUCUAGCACGCCAAAAGACUCGGUCAACGGAGGGUUCUACUGAUUCAGGAUCUACAGCGGUAACGCCCACGCUCAGGAAACGUCAGUCCAUUAUGGGCUCCGCCUCGUCGGCCACGUCAGCCACUGCCAACACCAACCUCACCCCGACCACCACGCCUGGCCGAGGCCGCCACCCAACCGCCGAGCAGCCGGCUACGCGUGGGACGUCGUCGUCAUCGACGGCGGCUGCUAGUGUCCACUCGCGCGGUAGCACCCAUUCUAGUACUCGCCUAAGUGCGGAUGAGGCGGCACAGCAGCGAGUGAGGGGCAAGGAGGUGUUCGCCCGCGAUAACUCGUACACGGCGGAGAGAGAAAGGGAGAAGCGCGAACGGGAGAGGGCGGCUAGGGAGGCGAGAGAAAAGGCCGCGGAGCGCAGCCGGGAGUUGAGUCGGCUGUGGGCAGAGAAGCAAAGGGUCAAAAUGGCAAGAGAGAGAAUGGGGAAGGGGCAAACUGGGAGUGCCUGA